GGAUGCACGUGCAAAGAGUGACCGAUCACUGAGCACAUAAAAAGCCAAUAUCGUUUAGGGGAAAAUUGAAUUUUAUUAGUAGGCGCAAGUGUAUCUGAAACGUUUAUCAACAACAACGGAAGAAUCGCUGAGAAAUCCACACAAAAUAACAUGUCGCCCAAAUGCUGCGUGGGCAGAAGAGGUGUCGAAGAAUGAAACGUUAGUCUGAGGACGGCCUACCAGUAGUAUCAGAGCCAGUGUGAGUGUGGCGUAAUAGAGGGUAUUUUCGGUGCCGCAUUGUUAUGCUAAUGCCGGCUGUGUUGUUGAAACAAAUUUCACGCGCUGCAAUAAAGUUUUAGUGGUUGGAUGGAUUUGCUGUGGCGGUGGCGGCGGCGGCUUUCCUCGUGCUGGUGGGAGAAGAUUUGAAUCGAUUCGAUUGUUCUACUGCCGCCGUUCAAGUGGUUCUCUCGCAGUUCAAGGAGGAAAAACACGGAACAAGAAAAACAUAAAUGGUGAACGGAAAUUGAAAAGCCAACGAGCUGCGGAGAAAGCGAGACAGAGAAAGACGGCCAGUACCGGCAAAUGUAAAAACCUCAACCCAACAACCCCGACCGGAAGAAGCCAUUGACGACGACUGCGACAGCGGCGAAGGUGGAACGACUUGAAUGUUGCGCGAGUGUAAAACGCGAGGGGACUGCAGCCCAGUCAAAGAAGUUGGAACCGUUGUGAAUGAUUGGAUAAUUGGCGUCAGUGAAAUUAAUUGAGGUGAAUUCACGUCAGCGGACGGUUCCGUUGCAGGUGGAAUAAUUUUUUGUUACCAGACCGUGAAAUACCGAUAAACGUUGAGCAGUGAAGUUACUUUAGAAAAGAGUCGUGCGAUCGAAAGUUAUUUUUAAACCAAUCAAGAACACGUUAGGAGGACACACGAAACGUUUUAAUCAUCGUUGGAUGAAUUUGGUCGAAUUAAAUUACUCGAAGAGGAAAACCGCUUCAACGAGGUUCACGAUUCGGACAGUCCUCCGACCCCUCCGGCGCCACAGUGCAGUGCUUUUCCAGGGAAAGGCCAAGUCAGCCAGCAGCAACACUCUCGCCUACCAAAAAGUAAAUUUCGAUGAAUAAUGAGUACGCAGCAGCAGGAGUAGCAGCAUCGUUUCGACGAAUAAGGGGGCCGGUUCGUUUUACGCCAAGAAGCCCGAAAUAAAUAAAUUACUCUUCGGGUUUUGAACGGUCGGUCGGCAAAAAUCAUCCUCAUUUGGGGCGGCUCGUUGUGGCACAACAGCACCCACCCCUCACAGUUGAGGCUAACGACGGGUAAUAUUAGCAGCAGCAGCGUCCAUCAACGACGAAAGUCCUGAAGCGGGGUGGAAGACAACGAGGUAGAAGCAAACCAUUUCCCGUUCAUCGACACUGCACAAUAAGGGCCCGAACGGCCAGUUCCCCAAACUCUAACCUGCAACCGACUGGGCAGUCGUAUGCUUAAACGAAAAAAAAUCUGGAAAGAACCCACCGUAGAACGUCCGGUUUCGUCCUUCACGCCGGCUGGGGCUACCAGUGUCCAUACGCUCCCCCCGGCUGCUUGUGCACAGAUAUUGAAUAUUUAAAUUCAGUACCGUGAAAUUGAAAGUGAACUUCCUGGACGAGAAAAAGGAAUCUAAUAAGUGGUCGUGAUUCUUGUGCUGCCUCUUGGAUUUUUAAUAAUUUUAACUUACGAGCGACGGGCGGAUUGAGCGGAAAGAGUGGAAGUCGACAUUGAAGAGCACAUCACCGGUUUCUACUGAACCCAGGGGGAAGAAAAUGAAAAGAAAGUCCGGAACUAUGUAAAUAAAUAUCAAAUUUAUGCAAAUGUGGAAAGUCGAGAUAACGAGGAUAAGACGGCGAUGGGACACUAAAUCUGGAUCUCAACUGAGUUGAACCAAAUGGCAGAAGCUGUGAUUUCAAGACUAUUCAGUAAUUGAUCGUGUGCGAUAGUCAUUGUUCCCGCGAAUUCUUCUAAGAUGCUCGCCGAAAUCAGCCGCCGUCGCAUAUAAUUGAAUCCAACACUUCGUCCAACACCACUGACUGGGACCCCACGCCUACGCCUGAGCCAGGAGCGGAAACUUGAAGACGGGACACCAUUUAUCUCCACCGAAGUGGCCACAGCAACGCAACGGCGGGACAACGACGGCGGCGGCAGAUAAGUUGACAACGGAGCCAUGACAGUGUCAUCGUCACCACCACCGUUGUUCCCCAAGGCGACGAUGACGACGCAUCAGACGCUGACAGCCGUUUGUCCCUCCCGAUGGACGACGAUGACGGGCCGGCGAAGACGAUGGUUCGCCGGCUCGCUGCUGCUGCUGGUGCUGUUGAUUUGCAUACCGAGGCAGAUAAUUGGAUUCUGUCCGUCACUGUGUACCUGCGAGGCCGAUCGCAAUCUUCGGACGGCUUGUAUCAACGCGUCCCUCGAGGUCGUUCCGAUCCAGCUAAACCCGGACGUGCGACACAUCAAUCUCAGCUACAACGCAAUUACCAAUGUGCACUUCACGCUCGGGUUCUACAGCCAGCUGGAGAUGCUGGACAUCUCCCAUAACCGGCUGGACACGCUCGGGUCGAAGAACUUCGAAGCGCAGGAAAAGCUGAGGGCGCUCAAUUUGAGCGAAAACGUCCUCACCAACCUGCUCAAGGAUACGUUUAGAGGUCUCAAGCAACUGGAGAUCCUCAAACUGAACGACAACCGGAUAGAGAAAGUCCAUCCGACGGCGUUCCACGGGUUGGCGAGACUGGUCGAACUAGAUCUAAGCAAUAAUCUGAUAGUAAGCUUCGAAGAGGACUCAUUCAAACCCCUUACGACACUCGAAAGGCUAUCCCUAGAGAAUAAUCAAAUACUGGAAGUGCCAUACGAUACGAAUUUAGAGCACCUGCGAUCGUUGCGGAUUUUGGACUUGUCCAUCAAUCUGAUAGAGUUUGUUGGCAACGAUAGUUUCGAGGUGUUGCGAGAGCUAAGGACCCUGAAGAUUGCUGGAAACGUGUUGACCGAGCUGGAUCUGGGCGCCUUCAAUGGAAUGAGCGCACUGAAGCAUUUGGAUCUGGCCGAUAACAAUUUGACGGUCGUUCCAACGGUGCAACUUUCAAAGCUCUACAAUCUAACCACACUCUCGCUGAGUGGCAACUCGUUUGACUAUCUGUCAGCCGUAUCGUUUAUGAAUCUGUUCCACCUACGAGAACUGCACCUGAACCGGCUGGAUCGCCUCGAACGCAUCGACGCACGGGCCUUUGUAGACAAUACGUACCUUCAGAUCCUCUCACUGGACGAUAAUCCUUCGUUUGGAGAUCUCCCACUGCGGUUGUUCUACGGUAAUCCCAAUUUGAUAGACAUUUCGAUGCGUCGCAAUGCUCUGGUAUCGUUGGAUGCAGUUCAAUUUCCGUUGGAUCGAUUGCAACGAUUGAAACUGGCUGGUAAUCCGCUGGUUUGCAAUUGUUCCAUCCGAUGGCUGUGGCGUUUGGUAACCGGAACGGUCGAUGAAGAUGACAGUGAUGGUAUUGGAAUUGUUGGGAGAGCUGGGGAUAGUCUGGCGAACAUUACAACGGUAUUGAUGAUCGAUAAGGACGAAAUUGGGUGUGAUCAGAAUGAAGAUGGUUUGGUUACUAGGAGGAUUCUAAGGAACAUGUCCGAGGGGGACAUCAACUGUCCCGCCCAUUGGGUAACGGUAAUCAGUGUGAUAGCUAGUAUACUGCUAGUUCUUGUAGUUGCACUUGUUAUGGUCUUUUACCGUAAGAAAUUCCGGCAGCGAAAGAAAAUCCUUCAGGAAAGAAAGAAUGUUCAUGAGAGGAUAGUUCCCCAGAAAGUAGAUAAGCUAGAGCUGGAACGAUACCUAGCUCAACAGGUGUUAGCAAACGAUUACCGAGAACUUAGACCUUGCGAUGCAGCCAUACGAUACGACUCCAAGAGCUCGACGCAACCUCUCCGAACUCCAGACCCAGAAGAAUCUGAUCACUAUGAAAACAUUGAUUACCUCCAACAUCAGCGAGCUUUGAACCAUCACAGUCAUCCGUAUCACCAAAACCAACACACCCAUCUCUACCACCAGCAAACCCAGAAUGCCCCGGCCAUGACCCUUCAACAUCCCAAUCAGUAUUCCCAAAAAUACCCCCCGUUAAACCCAACGGCUACCAACACUCUUCCAGUGCCUGACCAACAGCAGCGAAAUGCUCAAAACCAUCCCUACUCAUCGAACUUUUUCAUCUACGUGCUAUAUUCGCAUUUCAUUUUUCUGUUGCUGAUAUUAUGAUGAAUUACAGUAACUCACCGGGCAAGAUCAACCCCCCCAAGCUCAAAAUGCUGUGUAAAAAUAUUCCUAGCUGGAAGUUUCAUUUGUUAGGUCAAAUAAUGUUCAUGUUCCAUUGUUUUCACCCAUUCGCAAAAUACGUACACAAACUUAAUGUUGACAAAAAAUAAAACAAACACCAACGCUGCAUACAAUCAUUCUAACUCAAACAGAAAGAGAUCAUCUAUUUCAUAUAUUCAUCGCUAGCAAAAGAAAAACAAACUUAAACGGUAAAAGACAAUUUAUUCGUAACGAUAUACAUACAAGAAGACAAGUGAAUGCAUACAGAAUAGACAGUAGCAAACAAAGGAGAGGAUAUAAUCUAUUUUGUACAGUCAUUUUUCAUAUUUAUAAGUAAAACAAAAAAAACACUUCAAUCAAAUUGUAUGUACAUUCAGAUGCAAUAAUAACUUAUAUAGUCUAGGAUUACUCAGUUGUUGCGACUAACCGAAGCAGCUCGCUCUGAUUUCUUUGUUAAACAUAUUUCGUUUCCUAUAAUUUGUUCUGCCAUACUAGCAACGUAAGUCUCUGAUUUUACCUUUGAACUAAGCAAUCGUUAUCCGUACUUACUUACGACAGAUAAUAAGAAACUAUAGAUUUAAAGGGGAAACACAAUACGCAAACGUCAACUAAUUCACAGAAUAAAACAUUUUUUGGAUAAAUUUUCAUUCAUUUCGAAAACACUUCUUGUCCGACGGGAAGAAUGUAAAAUUCUAAAGCGGACACAAAAGAAACAUAAAAGGAUAAUUUAUGAUACGGUUCAUAUUUUCUAAACCGAAAAACAAAAAGACACGAUAAGCCGAAAACAAAACACAACAACAUUAGGAUUAAGAAGAAAUUACGAAACAACAUAAAUACAGAGAAAUUUCAAAUUCUUCAUCAUUGUCACAAGAAAAACAAAAAAAAUGAAAACAGUUCAGAUGAAAGUAAUAAUCGGUGAAAGAUUCUUGAUGAGGCAAAAACAGAAAACCCAUAAUGACAACAAAAACAACAACCACUCAUGCUAUGUUCUAAUAUAAGUUGUUAUAAGACUGAAGACUAUUGCGCAAAUAAAGGAUGAACUAUUGAA